AUGAGUAUGGAGACAAGGGAGAAGAUAAAGAUGGGUAUCUCCAGUGAUUCUACGUGGCAAGUCUUGGUGAAGGAGAAGGGAGAUGAGGCACAGAUCUUGGACAAUGACCGUAGAGGAUCGGUGGAAAGCACCGAUGACGACAGGACGACACCCAGCUCUGUAGGUGAUGGCGACGCCAGACGAGGCUUCAGCUUGGACUCUAGAGACGCUCAAGCUACGUUAGGCGAUGCCAGUGAGUUGUUGGGUGGCGCUAGGAGCAUGACAGGCGGUAGAGGCUUGGACCUAGGCAACGUCAAGAAGCGUAUGAAUGCUAGGAGAGACGACGCCCUAGGUGUGCUUGACGACGCCGAAGUAAAGGAGAGAGGGGCCAACGUCGGGCUGGGCGGCUCAACCGUGCUAGGUAACACCAGCCAAUCAUAG